UGCACGGCAUGUCGGUUUGUUGCUACAAACGAUUCUGCCAGUGCCGAGAGAGGGGAAUGUCAAUUAUAGGGACGGGUGGUGGCGCGCAUGUUGGUUGCGCACAACGAUUCUGGUUCUCACACACGAAGGAGGGGACGUGCUUGGUCAAAGGCCCCUCCCGGACGUGGUGGCAUCAUGCAAGCCUCCAUCCCGGUUGCCCAUCCCCUCCCUCCCCUAUAUCUGGCCUCCUCCUCCCCCUCUUUCAGGCCUUGAAAUCUCGCCCCUCUUUGCUGUUGCCCACAUCCCUUUCUCUCCUCCUCUGCGCGCUGCCGUUUGUUUCUCAACCAGAGGAAGAAAGGAAGGAAGAGAUCGGAAGCAUCAGCCAUGUCGAACUCGGCGUCGGGAAUGGCCGUGUGUGAUGAAUGCAAACUCAAGUUCCUAGAGCUUAAGGCGAAGAGGAGCUUCCGUUUCAUCGUGUUCAAGAUCAAUGAGAAGGUGCAGCAGGUGGUGGUUGACAGGCUGGGACAACCAGGUGAGAGUUACGAGGACUUCACUGCCUGCUUGCCCGCCGACGAGUGCCGCUACGCGGUGUUUGAUUUUGACUUUGUCACGGAUGAGAACUGCCAGAAGAGCAAGAUCUUCUUCAUCUCUUGGGCCCCAGAUACAUCUAGGGUGAGGAGCAAGAUGCUGUACGCGAGCUCGAAGGAUCGGUUCAAGAGGGAGCUGGAUGGCAUCCAGGUGGAGCUACAAGCAACUGACCCCAGCGAAAUGAGCAUGGACAUCGUCAAGGCGCGAGCCCUCUGAAACAGCCCGACAGCUGCACCCUCCAGACCAUGGAGCGCAUCAGCUCCUGCCCUUGCAUGCUAUUCUUUCUGUGUUGGUGACGGUCAUCCGUUUUCGUGUCAUUGUUUUCCUGGACGCAAAAGUGUUGCAUUCUGUAUGAGACUGUAUGCCAUUUUCCCUUUUUACCGUCUCUGCCGUAGUCCUGCUACUGCUGUAAACUAGAACUUAUUUGGUGUUUUAUCUCGUGGCAUUGUCGAGUCUUUCAUGUGUC